CAGGCCUAAUCGCCCAACAUCAGUGCCCAACCUCACUAAUGCUCUUGUGGCUGAAUGGAAGCAAGUCCCAGCAGCAAUGUUCCAACAUCUAGUGGAAAGCCUUCCCAGACGAGUGGAGGCUGUUAUAGCAGCAAAGGGGGGACCAACUCCAUUUUAAUGCCCAUGAUUUUUAUGAGGUGUUCGACGAGCAGGUGUCCACAUACUUUUGGUCAUGUAGUGUAUAUGAAUAGAAUUUCGACCUUCUUUCCUGUCUUUCAAGAUAAUAUAUUCGAUGACAAAGUGAUAAAUAACAUAAAUCAAAUUGUAUAGGCGCGGCCGUGAUAGUGUUGAAGACCCGUUGAGUGCGCAUUCGUGUGUAGAGUGGCUGCGCGCUAUGAUACCCGUGACUCCAGAGCGCGAGCUGGGCUUUCGGCUUUGACAGUCAGUCUUGUCACACAUCGUUUCGAAAGAUGUUGGGUACGGACGACCACAGGGACAAUCUGAAACGGUUCGGGACAGGAAUGAAGCGUCCGUUCAGCCCCCCCUCUGUGUUAGAGAUGGAGGAGGACAGGAGCGGGUUGGGAGUGGGGAUGGGGUUGACUGUGGACAGCGAGGUGUGCUGUGACCCGCAGGAGGAGGGUGUAGUCCUGGGGGAGCAGCCAGGUCCAGUUGGGGGCGCCCUGCCCUCCUCUGACCACAGCAGGCCCAAGAGGGAGAGGAAGCAGCGCAGUUACACAGUGUGUGACGUGUGUAACAUCCAGCUCAACUCCCCAGCCCAGGCCCAGAUCCACUACAACGGCAAGUCUCACCAGAAGAGACUCAAACAGAUAAGCAACGGGAAGAUCCAGCACGGCAACACAGGCACCUCUGCCCAGGGCAACCCCCUCCUGGCCUCCCUGCCUGUCCCGGGACGGCCCCUGCACCCCCACCUCGACCUCAAGCACUUCCUGCCCUUCAGGCUCAAUGGAUCGUCCCCCCUCAGCCUCUUCCCUAACUUCAGCACGAUGGACCCGGUGCAGAAGGCGGUGAUCAACCACACGUUUGGCGUCCCUCAGCCACUCAAGAAGAAACAGAACAUCUCCUGUAACAUCUGUCACCUGCGCUUCAACUCCACGAACCAGGCAGAGGCGCACUAUAAGGGGCAUAAACAUUCCCGGAAGCUGAAAGCCAUGGAGACCCAGAAGAACCGUCAGCGUCGACUUGGGGAAGCUACGACCACAGGCAGGGAGAGAGACCGGGAACGAGACCGAGAACGGGACAGGGAGAGGGCUAAGACUGCUGCAACUGUUACACUUCCCACUGAGACCCUCCCCGCACUCAUGGACACAGGCCCGAUGGAGGCAAUGAAUCUGCUGCCUGCUGACCUGGAGCGAGUGGUGAAUUGUGAGGCUGUGAAGCUGGGCAAAAGCCCCGGCAGCAGCAGCUCUGUGAUGUUGACCCCUGUAUCUGAGGUGUCCUCCAUGGAGCUGGCCAUCCUGUCCCCCGGGCCCCAGGGAGAGGUGUCCCCCUCCUCACAGGCCUCAGAGAGCGGAGCCUCAGACAACAGUGGCCACGAGCAAGGCCCAGAGGCCCCUGGAACAGCCCUGGAGUCAGGCAGCCAGCCGGACACUUCCAGCACAGAGGGGGGUGAGGAUGACAAGGACCCCAAGAGGAUCAAGCCACACCUCCACUGUCCCGUGUGCAAGGUCACGGUCAACUCUACAUCCCAGCUGGAGGCACACAACAGUGGUACGAAGCACAAACAAAUGCUGGAGGGCCAGAGCGUCCAGCCGCGGCGCCGGGGGAAGAUGGCAGGGGCUGGGGGGCGUUCGGCCUGCAAGACCAAGCGCCUGGGCACAAAGGGCAGCGUGGGGGUUCCCAGCAAGAACUUCCACUGCGAGUUGUGUGAGAUCUACGUCAACUCGGAGACCCAGCUCAGCCAGCACAUGAACAGCAGGAGACACAAGGACCGUCUGGCAGGAAAGCCCCCCAAACCCAAGUUCAGUCCCCACAACAAGAGCCAGCCUACCUCCAGCUUAUCGACUGUGAGAUGGGCUGGGUAUGCAGGCGGGGCCGUGUCUGCCAUGAAGAAAAUGUUCAGCCAGUACAACUUCACCUCUCUCUCUACUCAGACCAAACUGGCCUUCCAGAAGCACCUGACCAAGAGCCUGACCACUGGCUUCCUGCCCAGCCCCCUCACCCAGCCCACCUUGUGCACCAUGGCAACCAAUCCUCUGGCUCUGCGCCACCCGGCGGGCACCACCUUCUUUCAGACGCCCUUCCUGAGCCCCACCCUGUUCCGGCACGCCCCGGGGCCCCUGAGGGCCACGCACCCCUCCAUCAUCUUCUCCCCUUAUUAAUGACACAGUACAGCCCCCAGUCCGUCUGUCCCCCUCUACCAACCCCCUUGCCCUGCCUCCAUUACUGUGACCCACAUGACGAGGGCCACGCCACGCACAAACUAUGCAGACCACAGGAACCGGGAUGGAGAGAACAGAGAGAACGAGGAUAACAACUGCUCCUGUCAUGGAGGACACACCCCCAAGGCCAAGGCCCCCCUCCUCUCCACCACGCCAAAUCGGUCUGCUCCUUCUCCUGUGGUUGGUGACCUGGGGAACAGGACACACCUCCAGCGACAGACUGGUGCAGCCAGGAGGCCUCUCUCUUACACAGCCAUUUCAUGGGUCGAUUUGGUUUGGAUUCUUAAUAUUAUUGUGUAAUUUAUUAGAGAACAAAAAUAGAUGUAUCUUUUUAGUGUGGUUGCCACAAAUAAGGUCCCUUUACGUCAUGCUACUCCUCAGAACAUUGUUUCUAUUAUUGGUUGGUUUGCUUUUUGUUGUUAUGGGUCGAUAUAGGGGAUGCUAGCAGGUGAGUCCAAUGCUCUCUGAGCUUGUGACUUUCUUCAGCCAUAUGUGGAGCUGCAGAUCUGCAGUCCUACGGACCCAAGUCUAUGAGUGGGAUCUGUCAGAAUUAAAUGAACUCAUAUUUUUCCACCAACACCCUUCCACCAAGCCCCUAUCUCCCAAACCAUUACUGGGCUCUUGUCAUUGGAACCCAGAGCUCUCAAUUGAUGUGUAGAAUAGAUGAUUAAGCCCUUUCUCUCUCUCCAUCUCUCUUUCUUUUUCUCUUUCUUUCUCUGUCUCUCUCCCUCUCUCUUUCUUUUUCUCUUUCUCUCUCUAUGAGUCACAGCCCAACAUGGCCUUUCAUAAUUCAUGUUUUACCCUGCAUCCCCAGAAUUAAGCACUCAUUAAGGUCCUGAAAAGGUCAGCUUGUCAACUUGAUUUUGUCUCAAGUUGCAGAUCUGCCUCAUUAAAUAUCUUUGCUCUGUAGCAGUGCUGGUGCAUUGGUUCUGACUGUCUCUAUUUCUUCUGUUGCGGAACAGGCAGCACAAAAUCAUUUUUAAAAGCCUAGCUGUCUUAUAUUAUAAUCUGCCAUGGUUCCCUGUAUCCCAGUGAUUUUAUAGUGCUUGAUCCCCCAAUUGUACUCCCUGAGCCAUAGUCCUUAAUUUUCUCUUGAGCUAUCUCAGCAGAAGCUGAUGGGUAGCAGUGAAUGACAAUUUCCCCUUGCUCAAAAAACCACUAAGGGGUGGAAAUGACUUGAUGGGUUUACAAUCCUCAAUUAAAGGUUUCCACUGUGCAGAGAGAUGUGUGUGUGAUGGGGGGUGUGAGAACACAUUUCCCAGAUCACUGAUUGGAUCAUCAGGAAUGGAGGGAAAGAAACAAAGCACAGUGCCAUGGCAACCACAUUAAAAGCACCUUAAAACAGAUUUACUUAUGAAAGCAAUGAAAAUAUGUUCUAGUUUUUUGUUGUUAUUCCUGGUGUGAUUUUUCAUAAACCCAUGCCAGUUUGAUUUAGCAUUUUUUUCAAUCACACAAACAAUCAACUUAUAACGAUUCAAUUUUACUGUUGUUAUUAUCCAUGAGACAGGUCUGAAUCUAAAUUUCAGAUCUAGUUACAUUUUUAAAGCAAUACGUUCAAUCAAUGUGUCUAUGUUUAGAACGGUUAUACAGUAGGAGAAUAUAGGAUGUGGGGAGAUGGCUUUAUCUGAUUCUGAACAAUGUGUAUCUGUACCUCUACAGAGAUGCUCUACAACCUACCGCACUGUAUUUGAAAGGCCAAUUCCAAGUGGCCAGUGUUAAGAGUCAUUUGAACUGAUGGGUUGUUGUGAUGCCUUUUUCCUUGAUGGUCAAUCUCAUUCUCAUGAUGCUUCAGCCCUCUCUCUGUGUUGACAUUGCUGGGCUUUCACCUCACAGAGGAGCAAGACACAGCUAUUAUAUAGAUUACACAGAACAGCCAGUGUUAUUGAUGUCGCAAGUGCAGUAGAACACAUAAUCCUAUUCCCAUACCCCUCUCUCCUAAACAAGUAGACCCACCUUGAAACAAACACUCAAUUGCCCCCACCAGACCAGACCCAAUACUUGGGUCUCCUGAUUUAUCCCAACACUAACUCUCUUUGCUGGUUUAUUACCAAACCCAACACUUACACCCAACCUGUCUACUUUAGCAACAGCAAAACGGGGGAAAUCCUAUGCAGUUUUGUUGUUCCCUUCAGUUCAGUCAGUGCAAUAGUAUUUCCAUGUGUGUGACGCAGCAGCUCCACCUGCAGUGAAGACCAUGUUAUUGCCCUUCUAGAUCAAACCCAGCACUGUCUCUCCUCCAUCUUUUUAAAUCUCUUUGAUUCUGUACAUGUUUCUGAGGCCUUUGUCUAUGGGAAUAUUAAACCAAGCCAUCAGGUCUCUUUGCCAUACCAAUGUGAUUCUCUCCAGUCACAGUAAGUUACUCAGUGAACCAGCCAGCCUAUUGAUCUCCAGUGUUCUAUCUGUCUGUCUGUCUAACAUUACAUGGGAACUCUAUGGUAUUCAGACAUUUUAAGGACAUUUUUAUUAAAUAAAUACAUCUAAAUACAAGGCAAAUUAUCUAUGUAGAAAAUAUAGAGUAAAUAUAGACAUUUUAUCAAAGUUGCUAUUGUUGUCUUUAUCUUAAUGAAACGCUAUCUUAUCUGAGGGUAGACUGUUGAUGUAGGCUACAGCAGGCACACGCUGUACAUGGAAAGGAGAAAUACUUUGCUUGUUUUUUUCUGUUUGUUUUUAUUUACAUGGUUUUACUGUACUUGUUUUUUAACCUACAAAAGAGACAAAUGUUGAAUCGAAAAAUGGUCGAGUGAUUUUUCUUCUUGUUCAACGUUGAACUGAAUUAUGGAAUUGAAUUAUUAGCGCCACAACACAAUAGAUGUGGAACAAAAAAAAUGCCUUUCAGAUGUAAUUAUCCAGUAUAUCCCAAGAGUGUCAACCACUGGUCAGUUUUUGGCCUUCUCUGGGCUUACAGUUUCAGCUACAUGAAUACCAUACAAUCAUCCACACAAUCAGAGCCUCUCAAACGUCAUCACCGUAGAGACGGGUCAUACACUGUACUUGUGGAAUAAUAGCCAUACAGAACAGGAUUGGAGACGUUUGGAUGUAAGAUGCCCAGCCACGGAAUAUGACGAUCAUAUAGGAGGACAUUGUGGUGUGUCCGUGUAUCUCUUUUUCACUCCUCCAUCCCUGUGCACAGCCAAGGGAACCAUGGACAGUAGACCAGCCCAGAUACAGAGCCCAGUCCUGGGUAUAAUAAGGGAUGUGUCCCAUUAUUAUAGAAAGAGACACCAUGGAUAAAACAAAGCACUAUGAUCACAUUCUCUUCAAUUGCAGUGUGGUGAAAUGUCAAUUAUCUAUCAAUCUACCAGUGACCCAUUUCUUUCAGUAAAGGUACAUGUGCUGUAUGUAAUGGCAGGCUAUGAAACGACAAGGCAGCAAUGUUGACUGAGGCUACUGCCUGUGAGGUGGGAGGAGCUGGCGUUUCUCAGAACUGAGUUUCCUGGUAUAGGAUCUGCAUAUCACUGAUGUCAAAGCACAGCUCUCAUUUCCCUCUAUUUUAGAAGUUAGUCUUCACAGCAGGCAUUCAACACUGCAUGGGAUAAACACAUGAAGGCAAAUGGAGAAAGGUGUCAGUCCCCAUCGGAGUCCUGCCUCAUUAGCCCUGUUUAUACCUGGUUCCAACCUGCUGCCUUUGUCCUGAUCUUGUUCACAUUCUGAUUGUGCCCACAUUUUUUGAGAAUUGUAGACAAUUAAAAGAUGCAUUGUGAUCUGAUUGUGAUCAGAUCUUAUAAGUGUAAACAGACAAGAUCAGGAUGUAGGGCGCAUGUUAACAGCAGGUAUAAACAGGGCUAUUGUCACAGAAAGGAGUGGCAUGCUGAGGAACAACAGUCUGGAUGAUAAUCUGGAUUAUCUGCACAGUAUUCACACCCAGAUGGUUUCAGUGGGCAGAGCAUCAUAACGUCAUACUCUGGAGCGGCUCCAGAUAAUGGAGAGAGAUUAGGUUCUGAACAAUAUCAUGGAACGGUACUGGAUUCUGGACCACCACCACAGCUCAGCUCAGCGCUGUUCUUCACAGCUCUUCUCUGUCCUUUGUGUACCUAGCAGGUCCUGUGUCAUGUGCUCUUGUUGUCUGAACUGAAGCCAGAGUCAGUCUCUUGCCAUAAUAAUGCCAAUCACCAAAUCCGCAUCUGUCUGGAGACUCUUCUGGACUGUAAUGAACUGUAACAAGCAUACCAUAAUGAUGUGAAUUUUGUUCAAUCAGCUUUUAAUUUGUUGGCUUCCCAUCCAUGUCCUUGUUUAUUGGAAGGGGAGCCUGUUCUCAUAAUGUAGUUGGACAGCAUUGUUGUUCUCACUACCACUGUAGGUCCUUAUGCCAGCUCUCCCCAUGUGAAAACGUUAGGUAAGCACAAACACACCUCUCCCAUUGCCAAAACAAGGGAAGGUCAAGUCAAGUGAUCAUACCCAUGUCUGAAGCCAGUGUUAACAGAAGAAACGUGGAACCUUGCCAGACCUCCCCCCAAACCCCUACAAUGAUAUAUUGAUCUCUACCUGAAUGCUUUGGAGUGACACCCGUUUCUUUUGCUGUGGUGGUCAGUCUGUCCUUGUGUCCUCCCUCUCUGUAUCAACCCAAUAGGGACACAGAGUCAGUUCAGUGUGUAUGUCAAGUUAUACAGUACAUGUCAAUAUUUAUUUUUUACCUUUAUUUAAACUAGGCAAGUCAGUUAAGAACAAAUUCUUAUUUUCAAUAACAGCCUAGGAACAGUGGGUUAACUGCCUUGUUCAGGGGCAGAACGACAGAUUUUUACCUUGUCAGCUCGGGGAUUCAAUCUUGCAACCUUUCGGUUACAAGUCCAACGCUCUAACCACUAGGCUACCCGCUGCCCCAAUAUCUGUGGCUGCUUGGCUGCGUUUAGACAGGCAGCCCAAAUCUGAUAUUAUUUUUCACUAAUUGGUCUUUUGACCAAUUAGAUCAGCUCUGAAAAAGCUCUGAUGUAAAAAUCUGAUGUGAUUGACCAAAAGACCAAUUAGUGGGAGAAAAACAAACAGAAUUGGGCUGCCUGUGUAAAUGCAGCCCUCGUGUUCCAUUUAAAGCCAGUGGUACAUUACAAAACAUGUACUACGAUGUAGAAUAUAUUCUAUGAGGUGGACAUGGCCAGUAUUUAUUGUAACACCUUUGUCACUGUGUUCACAGUACAUUUGAUUACAAUGAUCUUCAUGAUGUGCAAUAGGAAUUAUAAGGUGGAAUAUAGAGUAAGAUAUUUUGAUAAGCUAUUGAGUCUUUGCUUUAAAUGUUUGUUUUUUCCAUCUGUAUAGAUCAUGCCAGGUUGGAUAUGAAUGACAGAGAAAUAAAUGGGAGAGAGAGAGAUAGACAGAGGGAGAAGUUGGAUAGGGAAAUAAAUAGAUUCGAUCUUUCACUUCCUCAGCAUCACUUUGUAUUUUAUUGACCUUUAAGUGUCCGGCUAUUGACUGGAACCAGACGACUUGUUAACAUGUCCCGCUUUCUAAUGUCAAAGGUGUUAGAUCCUCCACACGCACACCCACAGCACGGCGCUUGGCAGCAUGAUCAAAUCAUAUUUAAAACAUUGUUCAAAAUGACAUGUUGUGUGUUUACAUUCAUUAGGUAUUGUCCUACAGCAGAUUAUGCAAACUCGCCCUCUGUGUAUUCAGGUGGAAUGAGCUGCACCAACUGCUUUGGGGCCCGGUUAAUGUUGAUCUGUCACAGAGCAUCAAAAUCAUUAUAUCAUAAGAAACAUUUGACCUUUCUCUUGCCACCAAAUCAUGGCCAUAAAUGCAUACCUCUCUUGUAAAGAGGAAGAAAUCAUGUCUUCUGUGACAGUUUUAUCUUUGCAGCGGGCCACAGUAGCCUAAGCUUUCUGGAGGGAUUUCAUGUCAAAAAGAUCUGGCCUUAUAACAGGGAACCUGUUUGGACAUACUGACCUUGACUCUGGGUUGUAUUGGUCCAGAGGCUGGGGUCAACCAGUUAGAAUGGCCACAUGGGGCACAUCAUCAUGCCAAAUCACGAGUCCAUUGUUCAACCUGUGUGCUGGCCUCUCUCUAUCCAAACCCUUAAAUCACACACUACCUCUUGAAGACAUAGUGCUGGGAGGGAAAUGCUGCGAUUAGAAGGUCACUAUAGCAACUGCCAGGGUUGAGAUAAAUAAACUCCAUUGUAAAAAGAAAGGGGGAGAAAUCCCAUUGGUCCUGCAUGUCCCUGGGGGAGCCUAGCUAGAUGCUCAGCUGCAGCACUGAAGAUGAAUCUUUUUUGUUUGUUGCUAUGACAGUAAAACAGUAUUGGAGUAGAGAUAAAAAAAGACAUUGCCUUGGUAUUUUUUGUCUUAGUGUCAUCCUUGGGGAAAUGGUUUUGGCGGUAGUCUAGUUGAAGAGGUGCGUUCAUAAAUCACAACGGGGACAAGUCACAAAUCUACUGCUCCUCUCGCUCCCGCCGCAGUAUUCACAGUGUGUAUUUCAAGCCGUGUGGUAAAUGUCACAUUUUAACAGGAGAUCAAUAUAGAGAGUGAGAUGUUUUAUUGUUCAUUGCCCUCUGUUAAACGUAGAUAAGAAAAUGUAUGAGAGUGUGGCGGGUUAUAUAGGGUCUGAGGCUGUUUUGUGUUAAAGUUAUUGUACCUCAUGUACUGUGUAAGAAGACAAUAAAUGUGGGUUGUAAUACCA